AUGGCUGGAACAAUCUCCAAGUUCAUCAUGACAGGAGAGCCCCUAAGUCCUUGCGAGGCUAAACCCUGUGGAAAAGAUGCCUCUUGUGUUAGUCUGAAUACUGACUUCUUCUGCUUAUGUGGAGAGGGCUAUUACUACAACUAUUCAUCUUCUUCGUGUAUGAAAGGAAAGACAUUCCCUGGAGAGAUUGAAGUGGCCGUAAAUGAAACAGCUGGCUUGGAAGAUAAAAGCUCCAAGAACUAUGAAGACUUGUACAAUACUGUUGUCCCAUUUUUUAAAAAGGCAUUUAAUAAAACUGAUUUUGAUUAUGGACAGACCAUAAUUCUUAGAGUGAGCACUGUCCCUUCUCAGUCAGCAAGAUCUGCAAUGCGUGAUGUUAAAAAUGUCGUUGUAUCAGUAGUAAAUAUGUUUGGAGAAAAUACAACCCAAAAUGAAGACACUAUAUCUGAAGCAGUCGCAGAGGCAGCUAAACAAGACAAAACCAUGGGAAAAUAUACUGCACAAAAUUUGUGUGACUAUUAUGGUUGUGUGAAGAAUGCCAAAGAUAAUUGCCAGAAUGGUUUACAAUGCACUUGCAAACCUGGGUGGGAGAGGCCAAAUGAACUGACUCCUUUUUGUUUUUCUUCAAUGUGUCCUGGACCCUGCAGCGCAGAGGACAAGAAGCAAUGCGUAGUGAGAGAUAAUGGGGAGAGGGAGUGUGCAUGCCUGCCGGGCUACCAGAAGGCUAACGAGAAGUGUGAAGCGUGUCCGUUUGGCUACAGCGGGGUGGACUGCAAAGACCAAUUCCAGCUGAUCCUCACCAUUGUGGGCACCAUCGCUGCAGCCAUCAUUCUCAUCUUGCUGAUCGCGUUCAUCGUCUCAGUGAGAUCAAAGAAGAAAAACAGGAACGUGGAGGAGCAGAAGCUGAUUGAGGAUGACACCCACAGUGUCCGGAUGCAGCAAACCGGCUUCAGCAACUUUGGCGCGGACAACAGCAUCUUUCCUAAAGUCAGAACAGGGAUCCCGAGUCAGACCGCAAAUCCCUACGCAAACCAGCGAAGCAUGCCUCGCCCCGACUACUAG